ACGGUCGCAUGCGUACACGAUCUCAGAUCGCGGCUCGAAGUGAUGUGCUAAUGGGACUGACCGGUCAAUGUUAAAGAAACCAAGUUACGAGGAGAACGAAGUGAAAAAUAUGGCGAUACAGAGCGUGUCGAGAUACCCCAGCAGUCCGGCGGAGGCCACCGAGCCGCCGAAGGCUUCGCGGAUCAGCUUCAGCGUGGCUUCCAUUUUGGCGGAUACGAAGGCUAACCAAGCGGACGAGACGGCGGAGAUGAUCAGACAUCAUAGGACGAUACCGGAGUCUCCGUUACGGCAGAGUCCGUCAGCGCAGCCCGAGCUACCAGGGGAAUCCCCUAGGGCGUCCAGCCAAACGCCGCCCUUGAAUCUAAACGCUUCCGCGACUGUGACUUCAUCUGAUGACGAAUACGAAGAUUCUGUUAACCAGGAAGACUCCAUAGUUGAUGUGGAGGACUUGCAGAAUGGGGGGCAAAGCGAGGAUGAGGAGAGAACGGGAGAUAAGGGGAGAUUGGUCAGGCCGACCCCUUUCAGCGCGCUGGCGGCGGCGGCGGUCGCGUACCACGGGCUGGGGUGGCCGGGACCCCCGUCGGUGGUGCCUUCGUUCGGGCCUCUGUUCCAGUCACAUUUCCCCGUUGGACAUUUAACAGACGCCAACGGCGAGCCGGCCAAGCUAAAGUGCAACUUACGCAAGCACAAGCCCAACCGCAAGCCUCGUACGCCCUUCACCGCGCAGCAGCUGCGAGCGCUUGAAAGCAAGUUCGUGGAGAAGCAGUACCUUAGCAUCGCUGAGAGAGCAGAGUUUUCUUCGUCACUUGGACUGUCGGAAACUCAGGUAAAAAUCUGGUUCCAAAACCGGCGGGCGAAAGCGAAGCGUGUACAAGAGGCGGAGAUCGAGAAACUUAAAAUGGCGCAAUUUUCCCGACACCCCCACCACUUGUACCCCCACCCGGCGCUCCAGCAGUACUUCCACCCCCACCCCUUAAUGGGGGGCGGGCGUCCGCUACCCCCCAUGGCCAUGCCGCCGCAUCUAGCCAUGGUUCAACCACCUGUCUCUAGUUCUCCGUCGCCAAACGCGCCGAGUGCACCGCAGUGAAUUAAAAAACAAAAUGACAUUCUAUUUUCGAUAUUUGAAAUUUUAACACUGUCAACAUGGAAUUAUUAGACUAAUGUAGCCAUUUGUUGAGUAAAAAAUGUAAUUUCGAAGACAAGAAAAUUGUAAGUUAUUCCAUUUUUAAAAUUCAAAAUGUAAUUCAGCAGCCAUCUUUUACAAAAAUUAUAAAAUUAAUUUUUGUCUUUUUUGAUGACGGUAGGACGAACAAAGGAGUAUGAAAUGUACAUUUUGUAAAUAUUAAUUUAAGUAUAGUUUUACGUGCACUAUAAGAUGUUUGUAUUAAUUUAAAGAGAUAUUAUUUAGUUUUAUUUAGAUAGGUAAAGUUUUACCUUUUACCAAAAGUACAGUUAUAUUAAUGUCAGUACAAGAUUUAUUUGGAUUUUUU